CCCGUCGGCAGCGCAGGGCAGAGGCAGAGGCGGCGGCGGCGGCGGCGCCUGCAGGACAAGCCGCGCGGAGAAGGCGCCUUCUUUCAGCAAGUGCGCGCGGAGAGGCGCAGGACGGAGGGUCCGCCCGCGCCACGCCCGGCCGCGCCCUCCCGCUGCCGGCCCAGGACUGUGGGUGGCGGGGCAGCCGCCCGGAGGAGGUGGCUCGGUCGUGCCUGCUGCCGCCCCACCCCCGCCGGGCUGGCUCCCGCCGCCACUCGCCGCCCGGAGCCACCCCUGAGGAGCAGACGCGGCUGCGAGCCGGACUAUGGCCGGAGGACUGCAGCUGGAGUUCGUGGACUGGCAGAGCCCCGCGAACAACCUGAGGCACCGGACGGCGGAGAUCAGCAGCCAGCGGCUGCUCGUGAGGAGGGGGCAGCCCUUCACCAUCACCCUGCACUUCCGCGCCAGGGGCUACCAGCCCGGGGUGGACUCCGCGCACCUGGUUGCAGAGACUGGACCCCAGCCGGAGUGCCCGUCUGGCACGCGAUCCGUCUUCCCUCUGGGUCUGGGCCAGCCUGAGUCACGGCACGUGUGGGGAGCUGCCCACAUCUCCAGCGGGCCCCAAUCCACCGAGAUUGCCCUGUCAGCACCGGCCGGGGCCCCCGUCGGGCAGUACCAGCUGACGAUCCACCUUGGCUCCGGCUCCGGCAGCCUGGCCUCCUACCUCCUGGGGGAGUUCGUCCUGCUCUUUAAUGCUUGGUGCCCAGGUGAUGAGGUGUACCUGGAGGCCGAGGCCGAGAGGCAGGAAUACGUCCUGAACGAGGAGGGCCUCGUCUACCAAGGAAACAAGAACUGGAUCCAUCCGGCACCCUGGAACUACGGACAGUUUGAGGAGGACAUUCUGGGCAUCUGCUUGAGACUCCUGGACCGAAGCUUGAGCUGCCGGCAGCACCCGGCCAGGGAUGCUGCCCUGCGCAGCAGCGCCGUCUACGUCAGCCGGGUGGUGAGCGCCAUGAUCAACAGCAACGACGACAGCGGGGUCCUCGUGGGGAACUGGAGCGAAGAUUACUCGGGCGGGGUCCGUCCGACGGAGUGGAGCAGCAGCCUGGCCAUCCUGAGGCAGUGGGACCAGGCGGGAGGCCGGCCAGUCCGAUUUGGGCAGUGCUGGGUCUUUGCCGCCGUGAUGUGCACAGUGAUGCGGUGCCUGGGGAUCCCGGCCCGCGUGGUGACGAAUUUCGACUCCGGACACGAGAAGGACGGGGACCUGCUGAUCGACGUCUUCUACGACCAGACAGGCCGGCUGCUGCCGGCAGAGAGCAAGGACAGCAUCUGGAACUUCCACGCGUGGGACGAGUGCUGGAUGGCCCGGAGAGACCUGCCCGCCGGGUACGGGGGCUGGCAGGUCUUGGACGCCACACCGCAGGAGCGCAGCAAUGGGCUGUACUGCUGCGGGCCGGCCCCGGUCCGGGCCAUCCGGGAAGGAGCGCUCCACCUCCGCUACGACGCGCCCUUCGUCUUCUCGAUGGUGAAUGCCGACCGGGUGGCCUGGCUGCUCUCGGGGACGCGGAAGGAGAAGCUCCGCUGGGAGACCAGCGCCGUCGGGAAGCACAUCAGCACCAAGCGGGUGGGCAGCCCCGAGCGCGAGGACGUCACCCACGCCUACAAGCCCCCGGAAGGGUCGCUGGAGGAGCGGCAGGUAUUCCUGAAGGCCCUCACCCGGAGGCGGGGGCUGCCGACGCUGCUGGGGGCUGCCGCGAGGUCCCGGGCAGGGGUCCCGCCUGCUGCUGCAGCCCUCAGGCCCCCACCCCGCUCUGCUCCUGCCGAGGGAGGCGGCGGUGACGAGGAGCAGCCGCCCCCCCGAGGUGCCCAGACCGGCCUGCGGCUGCGGCUGGCCGAGAGCCCAGAGAUCGGCCGGGCCAUCCGCCUGGUGCUCCUCGCCCAGAACCGGGAGGCGGCCCCCAAGGAGCUGAGGCUGCGCCUGAGCGCCCAGGCCCUGCUGCACGACGGCACCCCGCGGCCUCCCUUCUGGCAGGAGACCCUCUACCUCGCCUUCAGCCCCCAGGAAGAGAAGCGCAUCCCCUGGGCCAUCCCCUACCGGCAGUACGGCCCCCAGCUGGGCGAGGACAAGCAGGUCCAUGUCACGGCCAUGGGGCAGGAGAAGACCUCCUGGCAGACGAUGCUGGCGGAGAAGACCGUCACUGUGGCCUGCCCCACCAUCGCCAUCCACGUGCUGGGCCCCGUGGCGGUGAACCAGGCCUCCCCCCUGCAAGCAGACUUUGCCAACCCGCUGUCCGAGCCCGUGGACGGCUGCCUCUUGACCCUGGAAGGCAGUGGGCUGGUGAGGGGCCAGGCCCAGAUACCGUUGGGGCCCCUCGGGGCACAGCAACGGGCCAGCAUCCAGUUCCAGCUGACGCCCCACAAGGGCGGCCAGAGGCAGCUGCACGUCAGCCUCAGGAGCAGCCGCUUCCCCCCCAUCAAGGGCCACAAGCAGCUGGAGGUGGGCCCGGCCGCCUCUGGGGUCCCCGGGAGGAGGAGGAGGAGACUCUCUUAGCAGCAGGACGGCUGCAGGGCGGGGGCCGCCCAAUAAAGCUCCCUCUGCUCA